UCAGAAAGGACUCGAAAGAAAGUCAAGGAAGUCUUAUUGCAUAGCCUAACUUGUCCUUUUGAUUUAGCUCUCUUUUUUCACUGUGUUUCUGUUUUGAUGAAGUAUAGGUCCUCAACAUCUAGAGCUUGCAGCAGUUAUCAGCCAACCAAAAUGACGACUACUUCUGGUACCAAAUUGAGCAUGAAGCUUUUGAUUGACACCAAGGCUGGCAAAGUGCUAUUUGCUGAGGCUGAAAAGGAUUGUGUUGAUUUUCUCUUUCACAUUCUCUCAUUGCCCGUGGGAACUGUUAUCAGGCUUAUUAAGGAGAAAGGACUGAGUGGAUCCUUGCCUAAUCUCUACGAAAGCGUUGAAAAUAUGAAGGACACCUAUAUUCAGUCGAAGGAUAUCCUUUUAAAACCAAAGUCUUCAGUUGGAAUCUCUUCUGUUCCUUUUCUAUUGCAUAAUGAGGGUCCAACAGUACAAAAGUCUUUUUAUAAAUGUGGAAAUGGGGUCUAUUGCGGCCAGUCCAGCACUUAUGUUACUGAUGCCCCUAGUGUUUUAUGUCCAAGUUGUCGGUGCUAUAUGACAAGUCUGUUGACAUAUGUUGCUCCAGCGGGAGUAAAGAAAGCUGUGGCAGCAACAGGGGUUUUUGUGAAGGAGGUGGUAACCUAUAUGGUGAUGGAUGAUUUGGUUGUUAAGCCCAUGUCCACUAUUUCUAGCAUUGCCCUUCUCAACAAGUUUAAUGUCAGGGAUGUAGGUGUGCUAGAGGAGGAAGUAGUAAGUUUUGGAAUGGAUGAGGCACUGGAGUUGUUGAAGGCAUCUUUUGAGUCAAAAGAAGUUCUGACAAGUGUUUUCAUGAGCCGCGUAAAAGUAAGGAAAUAG